AUGCGAUCGGUUCCAACAUGGGCUGACAGGGCUUGCGAUAAGGACAAAGUUGAACAAUGUGUAUGGGAUCUGUGUUUUAACCCGAGUGGAACUCAAUUAAUUGUAGCAGCUGGAAGUCGUGUUAUAGUUUACGAUACUAGUGAUGGCUCGAUUGUCCAGCCUCUAAAAGGACAUAAAGAUACAGUCUAUUGCUGUGCCUACGCUAAAGAUGGGAAAAGAUUCGCUUCUGGUUCUGGUGAUAAAAGCGUUAUUAUUUGGACAAAUAAAUUGGAAGGAAUUCUCAAAUAUACUCAUAAUGAUCCUCUACAGUGUAUGUCGUAUAAUCCUGUUACACAUCAGUUACUUAGUUGUGCCGUCUCUGAUUUCGGUUUAUGGUCACCAGAGCAGAAAUCUGUAUCUAAACACAAGGUGAACAGUAAAAUUACAGCCUGUAGUUGGACAAAUGAUGGACAGUACAUGGCGCUAGGUUUAUACAAUGGUUUAGUCAGCAUUAGAAAUAAGGGUGGAGAGGAGAAGGUGAAGAUUGAAAGAUCUGGAGCCAACAUGUCACCUGUCUGGUCCCUCUCCUGGAAUCCCAGCAAAGAUGAACCGUACGAUGUAUUAGCCGUGGCUGAUUGGGGACAGAGGUUAUCAUUUUAUCAACUAUCAGGCAAACAGAUUGGUAAAGACCGACCAUUGGGUUAUGAUCCCUGUUCAUUAAGCUGGUGGUCACAAGGUGAAUAUGUGGUAUUAAGUGGGGCCAAUAAACAGUGUUCGUUACACACGAAGGAAGGUGUGAAACUAGGGGUGAUAGGAGAACAGAAUUCGUGGGUUUGGGCCUGUGCUGUCAGAAGUGAUGGAAACUAUGUGGCUGUCGGUUGUCAAGAUGGUAUGAUAGCGUAUUAUCAAGUUAUAUUCAGUACCGUACAUGGUUUAUAUAAAGAUAGAUACGCUUACAGAGAUAACAUGACAGAUGUUAUAAUACAACAUCUUAUAACAGAACAGAAAGUGAGAAUAAAGUGUAGAGAUUUAGUGAAGAAGAUUGCUAUUUAUAAACAUAGACUAGCUGUUCAGUUGCCAGAUCGUGUUGUUAUCUACGAGUUAUACUCUGACGACUCUGCUGAUAUGCAUUAUCGUGUGAAAGAAAAGAUUAACAAGAAACUAGAGUGUAAUCUAUUAGUUGUCUGUUCUCAACAUAUCAUACUGUGUCAGGAAAAAAGACUUCAAUGCCUGUCGUUUCAAGGUGUAAAAGAGAAAGAAUGGGUGAUGGAUUCAUUGAUAAGAUAUAUUAAAGUUAUAGGGGGAGCCCCUGGUAGAGAGGGGUUACUGGUUGGCUUGAAGAAUGGACAGAUUAUGAAAGUUUUUACUGAUAAUCCGUUCCCUAUUCAACUAUUAAAACAACAGACGUCAGUACGAUGUUUAGAUCUUAGUGCCAGUAGAAAUAAACUAGCUGUGGUUGAUGAACAUAGUACAGUUCUAGUUUAUGAUCUCACCACCAAGGAACUACUCUUUCAGGAACCGAAUGGAAACAGCGUUGCCUGGAAUAGUCAGUAUGAAGAUAUGUUAUGUUAUUCUGGUAACGGUACUCUUAAUAUUAAAGCCAGUAACUUUCCUGUUCAUCAACAAAAACUACAGGGAUUUGUAGUAGGGUUUACAGGAUCUAAGAUAUUCUGUUUACAUGUUUACGCCAUGUCAGCAGUAGACGUUCCCCAAUCAGCUCCCAUGUAUCAAUAUCUCGAGAAAAAACAUUACACAGAUGCGUAUAAAAUAGCGUGUUUAGGAGUAACCGAUGGCGACUGGGAAGUUCUAGCUCACGAAGCGUUGGAGGGCGGAGAUUUUAACAUCGCUAAAAAAUCAUUUAUUAGAAUCAAAGAUUUAAAAUAUCUUGAACUUAUCCACAAUAUCGAGGAGAGGAAGAAGAGAGGAGAGAAUGACAGUCUGGUAUUUCUUGGAGACGUCUAUUCCUAUCAGGGAAAGUUUCAAGAGGCAGCUAAACUUUAUAAAAAAGCCAAUCAAGAACAACGUGCUCUCAAUAUGUAUACUGAUUUACGUAUGUUUGAUUUAGCCAAGGAAUUUAUCGGAGCGGGAGACCCCCAGGAUAAGAAGUUAUUAAUGACGAAGCAAGCUGAUUGGGCAAAGAGUAGUAACGAACCUAAGGCUGCAGCCGAGAUGUAUUUAUCAGCUGGUGAAAAUAAAAAAGCCAUAGAAAUUAUCGGAGACAAUGGGUGGACAGAUAUGUUAAUAGACGUAGCGAGAAGAUUAAACAAAGCAGAUCGUGAAGCAUUAGGAAGAUGUGCCUAUCAUCUAGCCAGGCUAGGAGAUUACGGGAGCGCUGCAGAGGUCUACAGUAAAAUGGGAGAUACCAAAUCUUUGAUUGAAAUGAGAGUCGAAGCCCAGCACUGGGAUGAUGCGUUUACAUUGGUAGAAAAACAUCCUGAAUUUAAAGAAACAGUUUAUGUACCCUACGCUCAGUUUUUGGCUGAAAAUGAUCAAUUUGAAGAGGCCCAACAAGCAUUCCAUAAAGCUGGUCUCCAGGCCGAGGCUGUAAAGGUAUUAGAACAGUUAACACAUAAUGCCGUGGUCGAAAGCAGGUUUGAUGAUGCUGGCUAUUAUUUCUGGAAACUUUCUAUACAAUGUCUGGAUAUAGCUCAGGAUGAGAAAGAUAAGAAGAAAGAAAUGUUGGAGAAGUUUCAUGAUUAUCAGAAGAAAGCUGAGAUGUAUUAUAUGUAUCAUACUAUACAUAGACAUGUUGUGGAACCGUUUACCUCAGUCUUACCUGAAGGUUUACUUCAUAUAUCACGAUAUUUAGUUCACUGUAUUGGUUCAGAUCUAACUAUACCUCAUGGUAUCUCUAAAGGAGCUACAUUCUAUACUCUAGCUAAACAGAGUAAAAACCUAGGAGCCUACAAACUAGCGAGACACGCGUACGAUAAACUUCAGUCCCUGCGUAUCCCUCCUAGGUUUAUAGAGGCAGUAGAUCUCGGUAGUAUUACAAUUAAAGCUAAACCAUUUCAAGAUGAAAAGGAUUUGUUACCAUUAUGUUAUCGUUGUUCAACAACAAACCCAUUGUUAAAUAAAAAAGGUGCCCAAUGUGUUAACUGUUUACAACCAUUUGUUCAUUCUGCUGUUAAUUAUGAAGUUCUACCACUAGUAGAGUUUGUAAUAGAAGAUGGUAUAACAGAUGAAGAAGCUAUCCAUAUCCUAGACAUGUCUAUCGGCAAACCUCGAAAUAAAGACCCCACUGGAAACUGGUCAGAAAAUAAAAUGGCCAACACUCAAACAUUGAGACUGGGUGAUGAUCUUGAACAGGAGGAUGAUGAUCCUUUUACAUCCAGACUCAAAAUACCAGAUCAAGAGGGAGAAGAGGCUGUAUUUAAACCAGUUUUAGUCACCAAGAAAGUUUUACAAUCAAUGUCAAGGUCAGAAGUGUUUAUAUUAAAAUGGCCGAAACCGUUACGAUACCAGUUUUUUAAAUCAUUAUUAGUUGAUGUCUCUAUUACUAAAUGUCCAUCUUGUAACAAGAUGUUUCAUACAGGAGAUUUUGAACAACAUUAUUUACAGAAAGGUCAUUGUCCAUUCUGUCGAACCAAACAUGAAGAUUAGCUUUUAUAUUCUUUUGUAUUCAUAUAUCGAAGCAUUCUUAACCUUACAGAACACCUGGUUCCAUUUGGCGAUUAGGUUUGUCAACUGUUCAUCUCUUUCUGGAAUACCUGAUGCCAUUCUUUAAUUGUGUUUAUCAAUUCUGCAUCUUUUAU